AAAUACCCUGGUAUGCAAGACAUUAACUUCAGUUGAGCUGGAAAAUUCAUUAAAAUUAAAUCUAAUAGAUAUUUAUUUAUUUACUAAUAUGUUUUAUAUAUUAUUUAUUUUUAUUAUUAUUAUCAAUGCUAAUGCUGACUGCUUCAAAGUACGUAAUUAUCAAGUUUACUGGAAUGUACCGACUUUUAUGUGUCAGAAGUAUGGGAUAUAUAUGAAUGAUUUAAAUAAAUUUGGAAUUUAUCAGAAUGAAAAUGAUAAAUUUCGGGGGGAAAAAAUUGUCAUACUCUAUGACCCUGGAAUGUUUCCGGCGUUGAUUAAAAAUCAUAAUGGUACAAUAACUCGAAGAAAUGGUGGAGUACCACAAGAAGGUAAUUUACAGAGUCACUUGGAUUUAUUUACGACCCACCUUGAAGAGCAAGUUGAUGAAAAUUUUUCUGGACUUGGUGUAAUCGAUUUUGAAAGUUGGAGACCGAUAUUCCGUCAAAAUUGGGCGUCACUCGCGCCCUAUCGCGACUUGUCAAUAAAACUGGAAAAUGACCGACACCCAUUUUGGAAUAAAAGUUCAAUAAAACAACGGGCUGUUAAGUCAUUCGAAAGUGCUGGGCAAUUAUUCAUGGCGGAAACAAUUAAAUUGGCCAAAAAAUUACGUCCGCACGCUCACUGGAGUUACUAUGCGUAUCCUUACUGUUUCAAUUUAACGCCAAAUCAACCGAGCGCUUCGUGCGAUCCCCAAGUACUCAAAGAAAAUGACAAAUUGUCAUGGCUAUGGAAAUUAGAAAAUGUGUUAUUGCCAUCAUUUUAUCUACGCUAUUCAUUAUCAACCGAUGAACGAUUAGGAUUGAUCGCUGGCCGAUUACACGAAGCCGUAAGAUUAAAUAAGAAAUUUUCAAAUCGACCAAUCAUUCCAUAUUUUUGGUUCAAAUUUCAAGACGAGCGUGAUAUAUAUCUAAAUAAGGAAGACAUUCGAAGCAGUUUCAAAACGAUGUUAAAAAAUGGCGCUGACGGUCACAUAAUUUGGGGCAGCUCCCAAGACUUUGACAGCAAAGAAAAAUGUCUUAAAUUUGAAAAAUAUUUAAAUGACGUUCUCGGACCAGCUGUCAAAGAAAUACAAGCCAUUGCGUCACGUGGAUCCUCAACAACCGACGACAAUGACAUCGAUAUUUCUUAAUUCAAAUUAUUAAAUCCAACCCACAGCAAUUUAAUAAAAAUAAUAACAGACUUUAAAUCACCUGAAUGUACAAAAUAUAUACAAUU